CCUCCCCGCCGAGUUCCCGCCCGGCCCUCUGCAAUCCCAAGCCCAAGCCGCCGGCUACGCGCCCCGCGCCCCCUUGGCGCCGCGUCCAGUGCCCAGCGCGCUUUGAAUGCUGCAGCUCCGGGCCGGGCCGCUCCGCUUCUCUGCUCGCUGGGACGCUCUCCGACGGCUCCGCCCUCGCCCCUCGCCCCGCGUCCCUGCAGACCCCGGGGAGGUGGGGUCCGGGCCGGGCACAGCCCCGCUGAGGCAGGAUGUUCACGUCCAAGUCCAACUCGGUGUCGCCCUCGCCGUCCCUGGAGCAGGCUGACUCGGAAGCCCUGGACAUCAGCACCAAAGUGCAGCUCUACGGCGUGCUGUGGAAGCGGCCUUUCGGCAGGCCGUCGGCCAAGUGGUCCCGGCGGUUUUUCAUCAUCAAAGAGAGCUUUCUGCUUUACUACUCUGAGAGCGAAAAAAAGAGCUUUGAAACCAAUAAAUACUUCAAUAUACAUCCUAAGGGCGUCAUCCCUCUGGGGGGCUGCCUGGUGGAGCCCAAGGAAGAGCCUAGCAUGCCCUAUGCCAUGAAGAUCUCCCACCAGGACUUCCAUGGGAACAUCUUGCUUGCUGCUGAGUCGGAGUUUGAGCAGACCCAGUGGCUGGAGAUGCUACAGGAGUCUGGGAAGGUGACCUGGAAGAAUGCCCAGCUGGGAGAAGCCAUGAUCAAAAGCCUGGAGGCCCAGGGGCUGCAGUUGGCUAAGGAAAAGCAGGAGUAUUUAGACAAACUGAUGGAAGAGACCGAAGAACUCUGCCUUCAGAGGGAGCAGAGAGAGGAGCUUGAGCGCCUUAACCAGGUGCUGGAGGCCGAGAAGCAGCAGUUCGAGGAGGUGGUGCAGGAGCUGAGAAUGGAGCAGGAGCAGAUCAAGAGGGAGCUGGAACUGACUGCAAGAUGCCUUAAGGGUGUAGAACAAGAGAAAAAGGAACUGAGGCACCUCACGGAGUCCUUGCAGCAGACACUGGAGGAACUCUCCAUAGAGAAGAAGAAAACCCUGGAAAUGCUGGAGGAGAACGAGAACCACCUGCAGACACUGGCCAAUCAGAGUGAGCAGCCCCCUCCCAGCGGGGGCCUCCAUAGCAACCUCCGGCAGAUCGAGGAGAAGAUGCAGCAGCUCUUAGAGGAGAAGCUCCUGGCAGAGAAGCGGAUGAAGGAGAACGAGGAGCGCUCACGGGCCCUGGAGGAGGAGCGUGAGUUCUACUCCAGCCAGUCCCAGGCACUGCAGAACUCGCUGCAGGAGCUGACGGCAGAGAAGCAGCAGGCUGAGCGGGAGCUCAAGGCUGAAGUGAAGGUCCGCAUGGACCUGGAGAGGCGUCUCCGGGAGGCAGAGGGGGCCUUGCGAAGCCUGGAACAGGGGCUGAAUUCCAAGGUGCGGAAUAAGGAGAAGGAGGAGAGGAUGCGGGCUGAUGUGAGCCAUCUGAAAAGGUUCUUUGAGGAGUGCAUCCGGAAUGCCGAGCUGGAGGCCAAGAUGCCCGUGAUCAUGAAGAACUCCGUGUACAUCCAUAAGGCAGCCACUCGCCGCAUCAAGAGCUGCCGCUUCCACCGACGCCGGUCCAGCACCUCCUGGAAUGACAUGAAGCCGUCCCAGUCCUUCAUGACCUCCCAGCUGGAUGCCAACAACAUGGAGGAGCUAAAGGAGGUGGCCAAGCGGCUCAGCAGGGACCAGCGCUUCCGGGAAUCCAUCUACCACAUCAUGGUCACCCAGCCUGGAGCCCCCUCGGCGCUCUCACGGGGUGGAAAGUGAUGGGCGCUCCUCCCCUGCUUCCCAAGUCUCCCCUGGAUGGGCGGGGGAGGGGAAGGGGUGGCAGAGGGAGGCCUCACUCUACCAGCUCCUGGCCUCUCUGAUCUGGAGCCUACGUCUCCCCUGGGCCAGAGCUCCACUUGGGGGCCAACCUUGCCCUCAAAGGACAUGGACGCUGCCUUCCUCAUCCUCACCCCACAUCCCACCUUUGGGUCCACACCAGGGCCAUGCAGGCCUGAGCUGGGUGCUGGUUGUCAUGGUGAGGUGAGGACAGGACCUGGUUGUAUGUGGAGAUUUGUGUCUGUUAGGGAGUGGGGUGGGGAGGUGCUGUCUACCACUGUGCCGUCAGGCAGGGCCUGCCCCACUGAGGAAGAUGGCAGCCCUCCCUGGUGCCCACUGGACCUCUCUGGGACUCUGCUGCCCUGCCCCUGGUCCUCAUGUAGAAAGGCCUCGCCUCCCCACCUUGACAUUCCCUUUUCCCCGGGAUUUCCUAACCCUCCCUUUGCUUCUGACACUGAGCAAAAUGUCCCUCAGCUGAGGCCCCUCAUUUACACCACAUCAUGGUGUAGGGAGGAAAGGGGCCUAGGACAGCAGCUUCUGGGCUCCUGACAUACCACACACCCGCCACAGUGCUGCUUUUCCUGAGCUCAGGCCCUGGCUGCGGGGCCACCCACUGAUUCCCCUCCCGCUCUGGUGAGCUCACUCACAGCCUCGGUACCCUGCGAGGGUUGAAUGAUGGCGCCAUGUCCCUCCUGCCUGUGCACCUAGGGUCCUGGCUGGGAGCUGGGGACAGCAGUGAUGCUGGGAACUCCCCCAGAGGACACGUAACAAGCUCAGGAGUGGGCUGGGCACAGUGGCUCACGCCUGUAAUCCCAGCACUUUGAGAGGCCCAGGCGGGAGGAUUACUUGAAGUCAGGAGUUUGAGACCAGCCUGGCCAAUAUGGCAAAACCCUGUCUCUACAAAAAAUAAAAAAAUAAAAUAAAUAGCUGGGCAUGGUGGUGCAUGCCUGUAGUCCCAGCUACUUGGGAGACUGAAAUGAGGGGACUGAUUGAGCCUGGGAGGUUGAGGCUGCAGUGAGCUGAGAUUGUGCCACUGCACUCCAGCCAGGGUGACAGGGCAAGACCCUGCCUCAAACAAACACAAGCAAAACAAGCUCAGGAGUGAAGGAAAGUCACUCUGGUUCCAGCAUUAUGUACUCCCGGUUGGGCAGGGAGGCAGUGUUCCUGCUGGUCGAAAGAUCACAGAUGUCUCCUUCCCAGCUGCCCCUGCUUCAGUCACCUUGCUGCCUCCUCUCCCUGCAGAGAUUUCAGCCUGUGAAACAAUGUGAUCAUGAACUCCGGCAGAUGGGGACCCUGGGCCUGUGAUGAGGCCAGUGGUCAUUGGUUGGCUCAGUGUCACUGGGAGUGAAGCUGAAACGCCAAUCUGCAGCUUCUGUGGAAGACCACCACCCUCCAGGGGGCUGAGGGGUGUGUCUGUCCCUCACUCAUGGACAGACAGACUGCCCAGCCCCUCUCCCUGCAGGCCCACCCUCCAAAGCUACCUGAGGCUAUUGGUCUCCAGAAAAGGGGUCCAUCUGGGAUCAGGGUGCUCUUGGACACUGUUGGCAUUAAAGGUGCUCAUUCUUUGCUGCUUGGAAAACCAAGAGGUUCUGAGAGAUAGACAGAUGGCUUCGGGGCAAGUCCCAGCAAAAGGUGCAAGAACCUGGGAGCCCACAACCUAUUCUGUGGGAAGAGGAGCAUUGUUGCCUCUAAGAACACAUGCACAUCUGCUGCUAGGCUGGCCAAGCCCAGGCCAGGCUGCCCUGCUCUUUGCCCAGUGCUUCCUGCCAAAACUAAUCUCAGUGGUUCCUUUCAGUGAUGGGUGGACUUUGGUGGCUUCAUACCAUCUCUGCAGAAUCUAGCUGGGGAGAGGGCUGAGUCAGUUUGUAAUAAAUGCAUUUGACACGGCUGAGCCUAAAUGUAAAACUUUAAACAUGUAUAACAUGCAUAAACCUGGAACUUGUUUCUCUAACACAUAUGAAUGAUGAACUUUGAAUUGAAGGGGAAUAUUUAUAAAACCAAGAUUACUGUUUCCUUUUUUAAAAAGAAUUAAUCAUGGCUUGCUUUUAGAGAGAUCUUUCAUAAAUUUUCAAAUGCAUUUGUUUUUCUUGGGCAAGCUAUUAACCAGACAGGAAAGCGCUAGUCUUCGUUUGCUUUGUACUGCUAUAACAGAAUACCUGAGACUGGGUAAUUUAUAAGGAACAGAAAUGUACUGGCUCACAGAUAUGGUGGCUAAGAUGUCCAAUAUCAAGGUGCUGGCAUCUAGCAAGGACCUUCUUGUUGCAUCAUCCCACGGUUGAAAGGCAAAGAGAGGGUGAGAGAGCAAGAGGGGCCAAACUUAUUCUUUUGUAACAAACCCACCCCCUUGAUAAUGACAUUAAUCUUUUCAUAAGGGAGAGUCUUCAUGGCCAAAUCACCUCUUAAAGGUCCCACCUCUUGUGAAUCACCUGAGGUCAGGAGUUUGAGACCAGCCUGGCCAAUAUGGCGAAACCGCGCCUCUACUAAAGAUACAAAAAUUAGCUGGGUGUGGCGGUGGGUGCCUGUAAUCCCAGCUACUCAGGAGGCUGAGACAGGAGAAUCACUUGAACCUGGGAGGUGGAGGUUGCCGUGAGCCGAGAUUGUGCUAUUGUACUCCAGCCUGGGCAACAUGAGUGAAACUCUGUCUCAAAAAAAAAAAAAGGUCCCCCCUCUUAAUAUUGUUACAAUGGCAAUCAAGUUUCUUUUUUUAAUCCUGCAAACUACUGGGAUGGUAAUUACAUUUCAGUGUGAGUUUGGGAGGGAACAAACAUUCAAACUGUAGCAGUGCUUUUCCAUGCGCAUUUACCAAUCAAUACUUCCUCCUAUUCUCACCCUAUAUUUUCCAUGCCUCAGGCAAGUCUGAAUUAUCUUCAGCCAACUGAACAAUCCAUAAGUGUUUAUUUGUUAAAAGCUCACUAUGUACCUAGCACUGUAAAUAGAAAAAUAGCAACAUCUCUAUAUCAAAAUACGUAGGAGUGGAAAUUACUUAGUGGAAAUAUGUUGAUGUAAUUUUUUUUUUAAUUUUUAAAAACAAAACUCUUAUUCCUUGGCCAAUUAAAUGCAUUUCCUGCAGUAUCUA